AAGCGAGUGGCGACGAAGAGUGCCGACUGUGGUUGCGAAAGGAACGUAAUAACGAGAAGGGGAAUCCCGGUGGGCUUGUCUGAGGGUCACAGAUUGGAAAGGGCGUAUUCUUCUUCUUGUUUGUUUCGCCGCUUGGUAAAUUCCACUCAGUAAGUGAGGAGUGGUUUAUUACUGUUGGUAUUUAUGUUGGAACACCUACAAGCAACUUCUAAAACAUCUACUCAACUACGGUCAAUAAGCCGUAAAUAAUCAUCAUAUUACUCGACGUAUCAUUUUCAUCAACAUACGUCUGCCUGUAGGGAUCUGGUUAUAAGUAAUUGAGAAAUUUUGAAAACUGAAUCCAAGUUGAGAAAUCAUCACAAUGGAUGACACUGGGUAUGACAUCGGACCACAGGACGAGGAAUAUCAACAUGGAAUGGACUUGACAACAGAUAAUCCUCCUGAUAUAGGUUUCAGUCACGAGAACAACAUUUCCUCGAUGCCCCCCGAGUACACCCGGCACCAGGUGUACGGAACCAACCAUGUGGUGUGGCGUAGGAUGUUUGAGGAGCCCAUUGACAUGACACCCCCGGAGCAGAACCCCCUCAACAGAGCUGAUGCUUGUCCACAACCUGUAGACAUUGUAAACAAUCCCUUGCACAUGGAAAGUAAUCGGUUAAAGACAUUUGAAGGUAAAUGGCCAGCACAGACUCCUGUCACCCCCAAGGCUUUGGCCCGGGAUGGGUUUUACUAUAUAGGGCCUGGGGACAGAGUGAGGUGCGCCUUCUGUACGGGAGUGCUGAAGUUAUGGGACAAGGGAGACGUUGUUUCGGAAGAGCACAAGAAACACUUCCCCCAUUGUGUGGUACACAGGGUCCGAGCAGCUGGUGCCCAGGUAGCACCCGACAGCUCCCAGAUAGCAAAGGCAGACAGCCUGGGCAUUGUGAUAAAUCAACCCAAAUAUCCUCAAUAUGCACUUGAGUCCACACGCCUGAGAUCAUUUAAUGUCUGGCCCAGUCAAAUGAAACAGAAGCCCGCAGACUUGGCAAAGGCUGGACUGUUUUAUUUGGGGAAGGGGGACCGAGUGAAGUGUUUCACCUGCGGCCAUGUCCUGAGCUCCUGGGAACCAACUGAUAACCCUAUGGCAGAACAUGAAAGGUGGUUUCCCACGUGUCCCUUCGUCAGACUUGUCAAGGGAGACAAUUCAUCAGAGACACAGAAUGGCACAACUGUAGCUGAUACAGAUCAACUUGCAAAGAAUGCCUCAGUCCAGGCCUUGAUCGACAAUGGCUGCAAGCUGGAGGACAUCAGUAAAGCCAUUGAGGAUCUGCAUAUGGAUGGAGAUGAUUCAAUACCAUCAGCUGUAGCCAUAUUGGAAAAGAUAGAGGAGAGGUCCCAGGCACAGAACGGGAUGAGGAUUCAAAAUGGACACUCACAAAGUAAUGAUGAUGUGCAAGUGCAAUCAUUGCUGAAUGAGAAUCGGGAGCUGAAGGAACAACGUCUGUGCAAGGUAUGUCUGGAAAAUGAGAUCAGCGUCAUCUUCCUGCCCUGUGGCCACCUCGUCUGCUGCAGCCAUUGUGCUACGUCGCUGUCUAACUGCCCCAUCUGUCGCGUCAAGAUCAAUGGGUCUGCCAAAGCUUAUUGGCCAUGAUAGCAUGGUCCUCCAACCAGUGAUGACCACCAGCCCAGGAGGUCCUGUAUGUGGGUGAUCAUUAUUACACUAUUAACAUAGUAUAUGAUGUGUGCAGCCAGCAACACGUCUGUCAGAUUGUCAGAGGUGUCGGGGGACCGCCAGGUGUGCUGCUGCACUACAAUAUUUGAAUCCUGGGACCUGCAUGUUCAACUGUUAAGUAGAGGAUCUGUACAUCUGACCAUUCUGAGUGUGUCUAAGUUUGCUCUAUGUAUGUCAUUACACUUUAGUUCAUGCAUGAUUAACGUCUCACACCUCAACACUGGUGCUCCACACAGUGGACAACCCAAGCUCUGCACUGUAACUCUUUCUAGAGGCAAACUGAAGAGAAAACUCCUGUCUUCUUUUUGAUUAUACAGUAGAACACGGAUAUAACGAACUCCAAGGGACCAAGAAAUUUAGUUCGCUAUAUCCGUUGUUCGUUAUUCACAUUUGACGGCCAUCUUGGAUUGUAGAGAUGUA